AUGGUGCACGGGCAUGCACAUCACAACAUCCACCGCCCCGCGCAGGUCCUCGAGGCGCGGGCACUGGACGAGUCUCUGGAGGAGCGAGGCUUUGGCGACGAUAUCGUCUACGUUUACAAGACUAUUUCGCAUGACUUCGAUGAUGCGGUGGGAGGUUUCAAGACCAUGGUGAACGGCGGCGGCGACAACAAUAGCGACACUGAUACGGCGACUGCGACGAACAAUAAGAACGCCAACGUGGGUGUCGGUCCUGCUGUGGCUGCGACUCGUACUUCGACCUCGGAAAAUACCGACAAGGCCACCAAUACGGAGAAGGCAACUGCCAAAGAAACCAAGCACACGGAGAACAAUACCGAGACCAAUACUGAGAAGAACAACACUCAGAAGAACACUCAAAUCGAAAGCACUACUACGGAAACCGCCAAGAACCAGCCCGAGGCCACCAAAAUCACCGAGGUCAAUACUACUACUCAGACUAACGCCGAGGCGCACAAGACGGCGUCCUCUUUCGUGACUUCUGCCAGUAACGCGGCUGAUACGAGCAAGGAUAUCAAUGCUUUAGCAGCAACCUCGACGCCAUCGGCCACGGACUCCGCCGCCUCUGCCUCCUCAACUACGAGCGCUGCCUCUGCGGGUAUGUCUUCGGGUGCCAAAGCCGGUAUCGCCAUCGGUGUAAUCUUUGGUGUUGGCGUGCUUGCCGCCCUGAUCUUCUUCUUUAUCCGCAAGAAGAAGAGCAAGGAGCUUGCCGAGCCGAUGGACGAGAAGGCAUUCAGCCUUCCACCCCCUCCGCCGGUGAAGCCCUCGACUCCUUCGACUCCUCCUGUGUUGAAUGUUCGCCCGAUUACCCAAUUCGCCCCUGAUCUGAGCAACAGCUCCUCCUUCAACCCGGCCACUACCACCGCAGCUGGAGCGGCCGGCGCAGCUAUGGGUGCAGGAGCAGCGAAUUCGCGCAAUUUGACUGGCAACUCGCCACCUCCUACUCCGCCCAAGUCGGCUACUAGCAGCCAGAACCCAUUCAAUGACCCCGUGAAUCCCUUCAGCCCGGUCGACCAGGCGCACCCCGCCGGUACCUCGAGCUCGGCUGUUGCCGUAGGUGUUACGGGUGCUGCUGCCGUUGACGCCGCGGCUGUUGCAUCCCACGAAUCUGCUGGUGGUCAAGCAGGCCGCCCUGCUUCGGCUGAGUCGGAUGCUCAACAUGCUCCUGGUUCUUCUCCAAGCCCUGUUAGCAUCGAUGGCGAAUCAGGUUCAUCCGCGGCAAUGGCUGCUGCUGGUGGAGCUGCCGCAAUGGGCGCAGUCGCAGGCGCCGAGGCUGGACCAGCGAACAAUGUUCACCGUGUGCAAAUGGACUUCACCCCCUCGAUGGAAGACGAAUUGGGUCUUCGCAUCGGUACCUUGGUGCGAAUGCUUCAUGAGUAUGAUGAUGGAUGGGCUCUGUGUGUACGCCUUGAUCGUUCCCAGCAAGGAGUGGCUCCACGGUCUUGCCUGUCUGCACACCCUGUGAAGCCUCGUGCACGUCCGCCUCCGGGUGGACCUGGCCCUCGCGGCCCGCCUAUGGGUCCUAACGGCCGUAUGCCUCCUCCCGGACGGUUCUACCCUGGUGACGGUCGCCCUCGAUCCCCCGGCGGUCCUGGCUUUGCCGGUCCGACCCCCCGCGCUCCUUACCCAGGCCAUUCUAUGUCUCCCUCUGGAUUCCCCGUCCCUCGUUCAAUGUCCCCUGGACCUCGACCUAUGUCGCCGGGCCCACGCUCCAUGUCCCCAGGACCCAGUGGACGACCUGGUCCGCGUUCCAUGUCCCCCGGCCCCUCAAUUCGACCAGUCCCUCGCUCCAUGAGCCCGGGACCUUACGGUCCUCCUGGCAUGCAGCGUCCCGCGAUGCCUGCCGCCCAGCGCCAACGCAGCAACAGUGCCGGCAACAUUUCUCUGCCUCCCGUCGGCGCCACUCUCGCUCCUAAGCCCAGUCCUCUGGCUGCGGAGCCCCCCGCCCCGGCACCUACAGGUGAUCUCCCGGCCAUUCCAACUUCAGCGCCGCCUUCGAGCUCUCCCACCGGAUCCAUCAGCAGAAAACCUGUUGCUACCCAGGAGGCAUAG